AUGUCGACGUCCUCAGGCGUUCCGGAGUCCUGGAUUUCGAGCUUCUGCGCGUUGUUGGGUCAUGAAUACUUUGCCGAGGUCUCCGAAGAGUUCAUCGAGGAUGACUUCAACUUGACUGGCUUGCAGACUCAGGUGGCCAUGUACAAGGAAGCGCUCGAGAUGAUACUCGACGUCGAGCCUGAAGAUGAUGACGAAGACGAAGAGGAGGAGGAGGAAGAAGAAGAGAACGAGUCCGGUCUCGGCGAUGGACAAGAACGUGCGGGCGGAAGGGAGCGGAGGCAUCACAGCAGGAUGGCCAGCGACCUGUCCGUCAUCGAGUCAUCUGCGGAGAUGCUCUACGGUCUCAUCCACCAGCGCUUCAUAUGCUCACGCGCCGGCAUCCAACAAAUGAGCGAAAAGUACGAGCUGGGGCAUUUCGGCGCCUGCCCUAGAUACAACUGCGAGCAGGCGAGGACGCUCCCAGUUGGGCUCUCCGACAUCCCGGGCGAGGACACAGUCAAGCUUUUCUGCCCAUCCUGCCUUGACGUCUACGUCCCGCCGAAUAGUCGGUUUCAGACUGUUGAUGGCGCAUUCUUCGGCCGCACCUUUGGCGCCCUCUUUCUUCUGACGUUCCCCGAAUACGACCUCACUAAGCGCGGGUCCGACGUCCUCUCCAGCGCAACCUCGCGAGUACCAGAAGAUGAACCUCUCUUGAACGGCAUGUAUGCCAAAAACAUCGCGCCCAGUCUUGGGCCCGGCCAUAUCUACGAGCCGCGGAUCUAUGGCUUCAGGGUUUCUGAGCGGGCACGCUCCGGACCCCGUAUGCAAUGGCUGCGCGACCGCCCGCAGGACAUAAACGACUUGGACGAAGAACAGCUCUAUCAACAACACGUCAAUGAAUCCGAGGACGACGACGAUGGCAUGAAUGUAAACGGUAGAGCUACGGUCCGCCGUCGCCCUCCUGGCAACCCGCGCCGACGCCAACGGCAGAACCAGAAUGGCAGUCCGAUGCAGAUGUCCACCAACGGCGCCGAAUCCGAGCUCUGA